AUGUUCCCCUUCGCCUCGCACCCGCUAUACGGGUACACCCUCGAUUACUGCGAGCCCGAGCUGCGCGCCGUCGGGGACCUCGCGAACAGGCUCGGGCACCGCCUGACGACGCACCCCGGGCAGUUCACGCAGCUGGGCAGCCCGAAGGAGGGCGUGGUGGCGAACGCUGUGAGGGAUCUGACGUACCACUGCGAGAUGAUGGACCGGAUGGGGCUGGGGAGGGAUAGCGUCAUGAUUAUUCAUGGCGGGGGGACGUAUGGGGACAAGCCGGCGGCCUUGGAGCGAAUCAAGAAGUCGGUCACCGAGCUUCUGCCGCGGAAUGUGAGGGAGCGGCUGGUGCUCGAGAACGACGAGAUGUGCUAUAGCGCUGAAGAUUUGCUGCCUUUGUGCGAGGAGCUGGACAUUCCUCUGGUGUUCGACUACCAUCACGACUGGAUCAACCCUUCGAGUAUCCCGCCUGCUGAGAUCAUCCGCCGCGCGAAUGCUAUAUUUGCGCGGCGAGGGAUCAAACCGAAGCAGCAUCUCAGUGAGCCACGGCCGGGCGCCGAGACGGUCAUGGAGAAGAGGGCCCAUGCGGACCGGUGCCAGCGGCUGCCAGAUGACCUGCCCGACGAUAUGGGUAUGCACAUUGUGUUUUGGUAUCGGAUGUUAUCGCUGAGGAUGGGUGUUGUAGAUUUGAUGAUCGAGGCGAAGGAUAAGGAGCAGGCGGUGCUGCAUCUAUACCGGAUAUACGGGUUACAGCCGGUCAUUCAUGCUAAUCUGCGGCCGCCUGCUGAGCAUGAGACGAAAGAAACAAAGGGGCGGAAGUCUUCGAAGAAGAGGGCUGCCGAUGACGUUGGGUCGCCCCAUUCAGCGGAGGACGAGGAAUGGGACGGCAAGUGA